UAGACAUCCUAAAUAGUUGCUAUCUCGCACGGCGUGCUUUGACGGCGAAGCAUACGUGGUGCACGUUCUAGAUGGGUUAUACUUCUGUAAUUUCUGGCGAAGAUUUUGCUUCUUUCUACCUCCGUCAGUACCUCCAUGGUCCGUGCUUAUAUCGUGAACUUGUCGUAGAAAUCGUAAAGGGUACAGUAUCAAAUAGUGGAAUAAAUAUCAUUAUUUUCUUAAUCCAACCAACAACAUGAGCCAAUUCAAAAGAUUAGCUACCCGAGUGAACAACUUUUAUAAUGGCAAUGGGAUCGACCACCAGAUUGUCAUCGACUGGGAAAACAGGCUCAGAUGAGGAAAGCCUUAGGAUGCAAGAGUUUAAGAAAAAACUCAGAGAACGCACUCCCAUAGGUAAACUGGAGGAUCUAGAGGCAGGUAAACAUCCAUACCAAGAAAAGGAACCCUUAGAACCCCAUCCUAAUAAUACAAACCCAACAACUGGAGAAGUCGGUGGACCUCGCGGUCCUGAACCUACUCGUUAUGGAGAUUGGGAACGAAAAGGACGAGUAUCAGACUUUUAGCAAUAAAAUAAUUUUUACAAAGAAAUUGUAAAAAUGCACAGAAUAGUUACUGUACAAACCUACCUAUCAAAGAAAUAUGAAUUCCAUUGCAUUGUGAGAAUAAAUUAGAUUCAAGCAACAUUCUUAUAUCUUCACACACGCAUGAAAACAUUUGAUUGGGAUUGCACACUUACUCUGAAGUGCAUAUAUAUGAAGUUGGGCACGAGUUACUUAUUGUAUAUUUGCUCGUAUCCUAGAUAACUGAAACUUUGUUUUGUUUCUUUGAUUGGGUCAAAGUAAUUACACCUCUCUUACAUUUGUGGGAUUAAUUUUCAAACUAUUUUUGCGUUCUCUCCAAUUUAAUAUGCUGCCUACAAGAAUGAAUUUCAGUAGAGCAGCUGUAUGGCAACAAGUUAGAAGCAUUAGCAAAAGUAAAUUGGCAUGUCAUUAUAUUGAUGCGGUGACCACUAAGAACAUUCAAUUAUGAGUUAUCAAAAAAAUUGCGAUAACUGUAAUACAAAAUUGUAAAAUAUAUCUUUUUCGACUCAAUGUAAAUAAAUGCUAAUGACUAAAAUUUUA